UUAUCCACACAGUAGCUUUAUGUUACGAAAGGGAGCAAAUGAACGGAUAGAAUUCUUAGGGAAGAGAAUAUGGCCUCUGCAACAAUGAUGUCCAUCGGUUUGAGGUUCUCCCUAUCGUUUCCUUCGCUUCGGAGCUCCAAUGGCGUUAGUCUUGCUUCCUUCAACAAGGCAACUUCCUUGAAGCUUAGUUCGUCGCAAAACAUUUCUGGGUUUCUUUCAGUUCUUCCAAGCAGGCUCUGCACAAUCACCUCUCGGCCUCAAAACCCUCAAUCUCUGACUGUCUUCGCUGCAAAAGGUUACAAAAUGAAAACCCACAAGGCUUCAGCAAAACGAUUCCGAGUGACGGGUACUGGAAAGAUAGUGAGGAGGAGAGCCGGAAAACAGCAUUUACUUGCUAAGAAGAACAGCAAGAGGAAACUAAGACUGUCGAAAAUGCACCCAGUUAGCCGGAGUGACUAUGACAAUGUUAUUGGUGCAUUGCCGUAUCUAAAAGUGAAUCGACAAGCAAACUGAGCUAAUUGUUCUCUUUUGGGAUAAGUUUGGUGGAAGGAUUCUUCUAUAUCCUUUUUUAUUUUAUGUUUCUUAUUCUUUCCUCUCUCUUUUUAUUUUUAAUGACAUGCUUUUUUUGUAAUUAAAACGUUCACUUGAAGCAUCUGCUGUUUAUCUAUCAGCAUCAACAUUCAAGAAUGCAAUUACUCUCUCUCUCUGUUUGUCUAUUGCAAAAUGCAAGUUUUCGUGCUUUCC